AUGCCUCUCAACUUCAACUCCAAACAGAAGCGCGGCGAGUACCAUGACGGGAAAGCGCAAAGUACCGGAAGAGUCAACACGUUCGGCCAGGUCGCCAUACAAUUCCACAGGAACACGACGCAUCUGAAAUACUGGUUCGACAAGCUCCAGAAAGAUUCCGCGGCAUGCCGACCGCCGGGAUACGCAAAACCGCGAAGAGGCAGUACGACUCUGGUGGAUGAGUUCAUCAGCGACAAGACGAGCAGCAUCAGCGCACCGCGACUGAACAUCGCGAUACAUAUCUGCGGGUCUCGCGGCGAUGUGCAGCCUUUCAUUCCGAUUGCGAAGCUGUUGCAAGCUGCGCCACAUCACCACCGAGUGCGCAUCUGCACGCAUCCCGCCUUCAAGGACUUUGUGGAAAGCAAUGGAGUGGAUUUCUUUUCCAUCGGAGGCGACCCCGAAGCUCUCAUGGCCUACAUGGUGAAGAACCCAGGGCUGAUUCCAAACAUGCAGUCCAUCAAAGCCGGUGACAUUGGCAAGCGACGAAAAGAGAUGGCCGAGAUGAUGGAGGGGACCUGGAGAAGUUGCAUCGAGGCGGGUGAUGGCAUGAGCGAGAGAGUCUCAGCAUUGGACGUAGACGCGCCUGAGGAUCUGUUCAUCGCAGAUUGCAUCAUUGCGAACCCGCCGUCCAUGGGCCACAUCCACUGCGCAGAGAAGCUUGGCAUCCCGCUGCACAUGGUCUUCACCAUGCCGUGGUCGCCAACAAAGGCUUUCCAUCACCCGCUGGCGGCCAUGGAGUAUGGCGAAGUGGAGAGAUCGGUCGCGAACUACUUCAGCUUCGGCAUCAUGGAGCUGCUCACCUGGCAGGGUCUAGGCGAUGUCAUCAACAAGUUUAGGACGCAGACCUUGCACUUAGACGCUAUUAGCCCGCUCUGGGGUCAUCUCUUGCUUUCGAGGCUUCGCGUCCCAUAUAGCUACCUAUGGUCACAGGCUUUAAUCCCGCGGCCAGCUGACUGGGACUCACACAUCAGCAUUACCGGGUUCUCGUUCUUGGAUGCUGGGUCGAAUUACACGCCGCCGGACGACUUGGCUGAGUUCCUUGCCAAGGGUCCGCCUCCGGUGUACAUUGGUUUUGGCAGCAUAGUGGUGGAUGACCCAGUGGCUCUCACCAAGCUCAUCUUUGACGCCGUGAAGCUGGCGAAAGUCAGAGCCAUAGUCUCCAAAGGCUGGGGCGGCGUGGGUGCGGGUGAUGUGCCGGAUGAUGUGUAUCUCAUUGGCAAUUGUCCGCACGAUUGGCUCUUCCAACGGGUUUCGUGUGUGGUCCAUCACGGAGGUGCGGGUACAACGGCUGCUAGUAUUGCCUUGGGUAGGCCUACGGUUGUUGUGCCCUUCUUCGGUGACCAACCCUUCUGGGGACAGAUGAUCGCAAAGGCUGGAGCUGGUCCAAUGCCCGUCCCGUUCAAGCAGAUGACUGCCGAGAGCCUUGCGACAAGCAUUACCUUUGCGCUCCAAGACUCGGUCAAGAUCGCUGUUCAGAAGAUGGCCGAGAGUAUUGCGGAGGAAGAUGGUGCCGGAGAUACUGUACGCGACUUUCAGCAAAAGCUGGGCAUCGAUGGAAUGCGAUGCCAUAUCUGUCCGGAUCGCCUCGCUGUAUGGCGUGACAAAGAGACUGGCGCACAUCUGAGUGGUUUCGCAGCCUCCGUGCUUGUCCAAGAAAGACUGUUAGAUCUGAAGCAUCUGCGUUUGCUGCAACAUCGGCAUUACUAUACCCAUGAAGGCGCUGAAGGACCUUUGACAGGUGUUGUCGCUGCUUUCGGAGGACUCAUGGCUUCUUUAGGCACAGAUACUGCUGAGUUCUCGCAGCGGCUGAAGAAGAGACCACGUGAGACAGACUCCGACGCAGAAGCCCUGACAAGAGUGCCGACCGUCGAUGAGCCUGACCUGGAAAAAGGCAUUACGUCCAAACACUUCCAUCACCUGGCGUACAGAAUGGCAGCGAAGUCAUGCGAUGACGACUACACGCACAAUUUCGAGAAGCCGCAGAACCGCCCGGGGAUAUCAGCUCUUCGCGAGAAGAUCGCUGCGAGGCGAGCAAGAGGCGGCCGUGGAUAUCAGAUCACAAGCGCCACCGCACAUUACGUUGGUGAUCUUGCAGCCACAGGAGCCAAAACCCCAGUCGCCUUCUUCUACAACAUCGCAAACGGCUUCCGGAACCUACCCUCAUACGCAAUUCACAACGACCCCGCGCGACAACGAGACGAAAUCACCGGUUUUGGCAGCGGCUGCAAACUCGCCGGCAAAGAAUUCGUGCUCGGCCUCAGCGACGCACUCGUAGGCAUCGUUCGACACCCCUAUCUCGGCGCGAAGCAAGAAGGCGCCAUGGGCUUUGGCAAAGGAAUUGGGCGAAGUCUUGGAGGGUUAUACUGCCACUUGGGAGCCGCGGUAUUUGGCCUACCAGGAUACUUCUUGAAAGGCGUCGAGAGGGGCCUCUUGGCGCGACAUCUCACUGCGCUGCAGGCGGAGAUUUUCUUUAUCCAGCUGCGCCGAUCUGCGGUCGCGUUCCGCGGUGCGAGCGAUGCGGAGAAGGCGGAGGUGGUGAAGAAAUGGGCGGAAGUGAAAUCAAGCAUAGACAGGCAUUAG